UCAUCUUGUUAUUUGUUUGUGUUUGACAAAUUAAUUCAAGUUUUUGAACGCUGACUACAUUUUUAGACUUGUUUUUGACAUUUGUGUAAACAAUGAAAAAGUUUUAUUUUGCUAAAGUCAUUUCAUGUAAUGCCCCUUUGUGAAAUAUAAAGCGUUUACCAAUAAAUUUGCAUUGAGUGCGACAAAUAUGAGUAAUAGUUCGGCUCAAGUUAUGGAAGAGACUGUGAGUGAAACAGCGUCAGACACAGCUCAGUUACUGAGUAGUGAAGCCCAUCCUAGUACGUCAAACUACUCACAGCUGAACCAUGCAAGUGAUAUUCAGGAAACAGCUGAAGAUGAAUUACAAGGGAGUCAUGGUGUUAGAAGAAGACAACCAGUACAGAAAAUUGAACCUGGUUCAAUGAACACCCUUUCAGCCAAAUAUGAGAGUUUAGAUUAUGAUACGUGUGAAAACCAUUUAUUGUUGGACGAAGAGAGGAAAAGAGGUUAUGCCUUCAUUGUUUGGAAGGACAUAGCACGAUGGGUUAUUGUUUUGCUGAUAGGGGUCAUAACAGCACUUAUAGCUUUUAUAAUAGACAUAUGCAUAGAAGAAUUUUCAAAAAUCAAAUAUAAACAGCUAAAGAAAUCUGUUGACACAUACGUACUGCUCGACAAAUUAUACAUACCAUACCUAUUGUGGGUGUUAUCUAACAUAUGUAUUGUGUUCUUUGGAUCGAUGCUAGUGGCAUAUGUUGAGCCAGUAGCAGCUGGUAGUGGUAUUCCCCAAGUAAAAUGUUAUUUGAACGGAGUCAAAGUGCCGAGGGUUGUAAGGAUCAAAACUCUAUUUGUGAAAGCUGUUGGUGUGAUCUCUGCUGUCGUUGGCGGAUUAGCUGGUGGGAAGGAAGGUCCCAUGAUACAUAGUGGCGCUGUAGUGGCGGCUGGUAUAUCGCAAGGCAAGAGCACAACUUUCAACAAGGACUUCAAGAUAUUCCAGUACUUUCGGGAAGAUCACGAGAAACGUGAUUUUGUUUCGGGAGGCGCGGCCGCUGGAGUUUCGGCGGCUUUUGGUGCACCAAUAGGUGGAGUACUAUUUUCUCUGGAAGAAGGCACAAGUUUUUGGAACCAGGGCCUAACAUGGCGGACAUUUUUUGGAACUGUCGUCUCAACCUUCACGCUCAAUAUUGCACUUUCUGCGUAUCACGGACAUCCAGGAGAACUGAGUUAUCCAGGUUUAUUGAAUCUCGGCAAGAUGGAGCCGUUUCCAUUCCAGUUCUAUGAGUUACCGGUGUUUAUGUUCUUUGGAGCAGUUGGAGGUGUUUUGGGAGCUCUAUGGAAUUACAUUAACUACAAACUGUCCGUAUUCCGUAUAAGAUACAUAAGAGCACCGUGGCUUCGGGUGGUAGAAGCAUGCCUUGUGGCUGCCGUCACUGCGACAAGCGGGUUCCUUAUGAUGUUUGUCUUGGACGACUGCCGCCCGUUAGGAGAAGACCCUACGAAAGUGCCUUUGCAGCUGUUCUGCGCGGACGGCGAAUACAAUACAAUGGCAGCGAUCUGGUUCCAAACCCCCGAGGCAUCAGUACGCUCGUUCCUGCACGACCCAAUGGGCUCCUACAAACCCUGGUCGUUACUGGUGUUUGUGAUAUGUUACUUCCUCUUAUCUACUUGGACUUUCGGCCUUGCUGUGUCUAGCGGACUUUUCAUACCGAACUUGCUCACGGGCGCUGCGUGGGGCAGAUUGCUUGCCAUAUUCAUACAAUAUGUACUGCCACAUAACAGUAUAAAUCCAGCGAAGUAUGCGCUCGUCGGUGCAGCGGCGCAACUUGGGGGCGUUGUCCGGAUGACCAUAUCCCUAACUGUCAUCAUAAUUGAAACUACGGGGCAGAUCUCGAAUGCACUUCCCAUCAUCAUUACCCUGGUUGUAGCCAAGUGGACUGGGGACUUCUUUAAUGAGGGUAUCUACGACAUUCACAUUCAACUGGCCGGCGUCCCACUGCUUCCGUGGGAGCCCCCGCCACUUGCGCAUAACAUCUACGCAUCGGAAGUUAUGUCACACCCUGUGUUUACUCUGCGCACGGUCGAAAACGUUGGACACAUCAUCGAGAUUCUGCGGGUAGUUUCGUAUAACGGUUUUCCUGUCGUCGAUCCACCUAUGGCUGAUGAUGCCGAAGUGACCACUUAUAAGCGAUUACGCGGAAUGGUACUGCGAUCUCAGUUGAUAGUUCUCCUACAAAACAAAAUAUACAACGAAAACGCUAACACAACAUGGUCGAACUUCAAUGUUGACAUGAACAUGUUCAGGAAAGAAUAUCCCAGAUAUCCUUCUAUUGGCAAGCUGGAAAUAUCAGACUGGGAGAAAACAUGCACCAUAGAUCUUCGUCCCUUCAUGAAUCCGUCGCCGUACACUUUGCCACACCGUGCAUCACUGCCGAGGCUAUUCCGUUUGUUCCGAGCCCUCGGAUUGCGCCACCUGCCUAUAGUCAACGACCUUAAUGAGGUUGUUGGAAUGGUAACUCGCAAAGACAUUGCCAGGUAUCGUGUGUGGAGACAUAGAGGCCAUAUGGGUAUGGAGGAGCUACUCCUUUCUAGUGAAAUUUAGUAUAAAUUAUUACCACGACUCUGGCAAAACCGCCAUGAAAGGUUUCAUGUAUAUAUCGUUAAAAUGCAACUUCAACUGAUGGUCAGUAAAAAAGUAUGCAUUAUAACAACAUUUGGAUUCUUGUCGUGGUCAUGCCAGGCCUUCUGAUAUUAUAAAAAGUGAUAUUGUAUGUAAAAUCAAUGUAUUUAUUAAUUCAAA